UAAGGAGCGGAGAAGGGGCAGCGGGCGACCGGCGAGAGCGAACCUCCCCCCCCCUUUCCUAUCCCCUCACCCCAUCCCAAAAAAAAAAACCAAACCCACCACCCGCAUCCCACCCUGGGGGGUCCCCGAAGACCCCACACCCUAAGCCGGGCACCCCAAACCCCUCGCCUCCCCUCCUCACCCCUCUUUGCACGGAGGCCGGGGAUCCUCCGGCUCCUCUCCGCUUGCUUUUGGGGUGACUUUGCUUUUUUCGGGGCGCUCGCUCCCGCGGCCUUUUUUUGGUUUUUUUUGCCACCCUCUCCUUUUUUUUUGCCCCGCUGAGGUGUCCGUCCCCGAGGCCUUGAGGUGGCCGGAUGGUUUGUAGCCCUCCGGCUCUGAAACCGUCCCCCGUCUCUCCUCGCCACCGCUGGAUGCUAACGCCGGAGCCGGGGCCGCACGGCGAAAAGGUCGCGGCGCCUCCAACCCGAGCCUCCCACCCCGACGACGCCGGGGGAAUCGGCAGCAGAGGAAACCCGUGCUCGGAGCAAAUCCCCCGGGAGGCUUCGUUUUUUCCCUUUCAUGCAUGAGACAACUCUGCGGCUCCGGCGGGCGAUGGCCACGCAGUGAAGAUGUCCGUCUCCAGGCUCAACAGCGUCAAUGGCUUUUUGGAGGACGGCAGGAUGGAGGCGGGGGACAUGGGCAGGAUCCUCCGCUGCCUGGAGAUGGGCACCGUCCUCACCUUGUUCUACCAGAAGAAGUCGCAGAGGCCGGAGCGAAGGACCUUCCAGGUGAAGCUGGAAACCCGGCAGAUCAUCUGGAGCCGGACGCCUGAGAAGGUGGAAGGGGACAUCGACAUUCGGGAGAUCAAGGAGAUCCGCCUGGGGAAGAACUCGCGGGACUUUGAGCGCUACCCCGAGGACGCCCGCAAGCUCGACUUCACCAUGUGCUUCAUCAUCCUCUACGGGAUGGACUUCAGGCUGCGGACGCUCAGCGUGGCCGCUUUCUGCGAGGAGGACAUCAACCUGUGGAUAACGGGCCUCAACUGGCUGGUGGCGGACACCCAGAAAGCCCAAACCCCGCUGCAGAUCGAGAGGUGGCUGAGGAAACAGUUUGAUGGGAUGGACCGGUCACGGGAAGGCAGCAUCACGGUGAAGGACCUGAAGGCCAUGCUGCCCCAGGUGAACUACCGCGUGCCCAACAUGAGGUUCCUGCGGGACAAGCUCGUGGAGGUGGAAGCCAGGAACGAGAUGACCUUCUCCCACUUCAUCCAGUUCUACAAAAACCUGAUGUUCGACGCGCAGAAGUCGGUCAUCGAGCAGCUGGAGCUCUCCUUCCCCCUGCGGAACGUGGAUCGCCCUGAGCUCUGCCAGGUCUCCCUCUACGACUUCCAGAAGUUCCUGCUGCACGACCAGAAGGAGCCCUGGGCCAGCGACGUGGGCAUGGUGCGGGACUACAUGUGCUCCUACCUCAAGGAUGGCUCCAACGAUGCAGCAGACCCCUCCUUCCAGCUGGAUGAGUUCCUCACCUACCUCUUCUCCAAGGAGAACAUGGUGAUGGACCCCAAGUACGAGCGCGUGGUGCCCGAGGAGAUGAACCACCCUCUGUCCCAGUACUGGAUCUCCUCCUCCCACAACACGUACCUGACGGGGGACCAGUUCUCCAGCGAGUCCUCCCUGGAGGCGUACGCCCGCUGCCUGCGCAUGGGCUGCCGCUGCAUCGAGCUGGACUGCUGGGAUGGCCCGGAUGAUCUUCCCAUCAUCUACCACGGCCACACGCUCACCUCCAAGAUCAAGUUCCUGGAUGUGCUGCACACCAUCAAGGAGCACGCCUUUGUCACAUCCGAGUUCCCCAUCAUCCUCUCCAUCGAAGAUCACUGCAGCAUUGUCCAGCAGAGGAACAUGGCUUCGCACUUCAAGAAGGUCUUCGGGGACAUGCUGCUCACCAAGCCGGUUGACAUCAACGCCGAUGAGCUGCCCUCACCCACCCAGCUCAAGAAGAAGAUCCUAAUCAAGCACAAAAAACUGGUCGAAGGGAACCUGUAUGAGGAGGUCUCCACGGCCAGUUACUCAGAGAACGACAUCAGCAACUCCAUCAAGAACGGCAUCCUCUACCUCGAAGACCCCAUCGACCACACCUGGAGCCCACAUUAUUUUGUCCUGACGAGCAACAAGAUCUACUACUCAGAGGAGACGUCCCGCUACCAGUUCAAUGAGGAUGAGGAGGAGGUGGAGCAGAAGGAGGAGUUCAACAACAACGAGCUGCACUUCACGGAGAAGUGGUUCCACGGGAAGCUGGGAGGUGGCCGCGAUGGGAGGCAGAUCGCCGAGAAACUGUUGCACGAGUACUGCACCGAGACGGGCGGCAAGGACGGCACCUUCCUGGUGCGCGAAAGCGAGACCUUCGUGGGCGACUACACCCUCUCCUUCUGGAGGUCGAACCGCGUGCAGCACUGCCGGAUCCACUCGCGGCAGGAGGCUGGUGCCACCAAGUUCUACCUGACGGACAACCUGGUCUUUGACAGCCUCUACAGCCUCAUCUGCCACUACCGCGAGGUGCCGCUCCGCUGCAACGAGUUCGAGAUGCGCCUCACUGACCCCGUGCCCCAGCCCAACGCCCAUGAGAGCAAAGAGUGGUACCACGCCAGCCUGACGCGCCUGCAGGCUGAGCACAUGCUGAUGCGAGUCCCGCGGGACGGAGCCUUCCUGGUGCGCAAGCGCAGCGAGCCCAACUCCUACGCCAUCUCCUUUCGGGCGGAGGGGAAGAUCAAGCACUGCAGAAUCCAGCAGGAGGGCCGGCUCUUCAUGCUGGGCAGCUCGGCUGAGUUCGAGAGCCUCGUGGACCUCGUCAGCUACUACGAGAAGCACCCGCUCUACCGUAAGAUGAAGCUGCGCUACCCCAUCAACGAGGAGACCCUGGAGAAGAUGGGCACCACCGAGCUGGACUAUGGAGCUCUGUACGAGGUGCGGACACCCCACUUCUACGUGGAGGCCAACAAGAUGCCGAUGGCCAGGUGCACGGUGAAGGCUCUUUAUGACUACAAAGCUCAGCGGGAGGACGAGCUGUCGUUCUGCAAGCAAGCCAUCAUCCACAACGUCGACAAGCAGGACGGGGGCUGGUGGCGGGGGGACUACGGGGGCAAGAAGCAGCUGUGGUUCCCGGCCAACUACGUGGAGGAGAUCGUCAGCACGCAGGCGCAGGAGCAGGAUGAGGCUUCAUCCGAAAACAGCCCCCUGGGGAACUUCCUAAAGGGCUUCAUCGACGUGCCAUCCUGCCACGUGGUUAUCUCCAAAGACGGGAGGAGCUCCAAACCAUUUGUCUUCACCAUCCAUUCCCAGCAGAUGUCCCACGCAGCCCAGUCGCUGGACGUGGCCGCGGACACGCAGGAGGAGCUCAGCGAGUGGGUGGCCAAGAUCCGAGAGGCCACGCAGAACGCCGACGCCAGGAUGCAAGAGGGGAAGAUCAUGGAGCGGAGGAAGAAGAUUGCCCUGGAGCUCUCCGAGCUGGUCGUGUACUGCCGCCCGGUGCCGUUUGAUGAGGACAAGAUCGGCACGGACAAGGCGUGCUACCGGGACAUGUCCUCCUUCCCGGAGACCAAGGCGGAGAAGUACGCCAACCGCAGCAAGGGCAAGAAGUUCCUGCAGUACAACCGGCGCCAGCUCAGCCGCAUCUACCCCAAAGGGCAACGCUUGGACUCCUCCAACUACGACCCGCUGCCCAUGUGGAUCUGCGGCAGCCAGCUGGUGGCCCUCAACUUCCAGACGCCUGACAAGCCGAUGCAGCUGAACCAGGCGCUCUUCAUGCUCGGCGGCCGCAGCGGCUACGUCCUGCAACCCGACAUCAUGAGGGACGAGACGUUCGACCCCUUUGACAAGAACAGCCUGAAGAUCGUGGAGCCCAUCACAGUGCAGCUGCAGAUCCUCGGCGCCCGGCACCUGCCCAAGAACGGGAGGAGCAUCGUGUGCCCCUUUGUGGAGGUGGAGGUGUGCGGCUCCGAGUACGACAACAGCAAGAACAAGACGGACGUCGUAGCCGACAACGGCUUCAACCCCGUGUGGCUCUUCAAGCAGUUUGUCUUCGACAUCAACAACCCCGAGUUUGCCUUCCUCCGCUUCGUGGUGUACGAGGAGGACAUGUUCAGCGACCCCAACUUCUUGGCACAAGCCACCUUCCCCGUCAAGGGUCUCAAAACAGGCUACCGGUCGGUGCCGCUGAAGAACAGCUACACCGAGGACCUGGAGCUCGCCGCCCUCCUCAUCCACAUCGAGAUCAUCAACGCCAAGGAGGAAGACGAGGAGAACCUCUACUCGUCCAUCCAACAACUCCGGGACCGCGCCAGCGAGCUCUCCAGCCAGGUCUCCAGCUACGAGCGCACCAACAACUGCGACUCCCGCUACCAGCAGCGCCUCGACGAGCUGCGGGCGGCCCAGGAGCGGCUGAUGGAGCUCACCGAAGUCCGAAAUCGAAAGUUGAUGGAGAAGAAGAAGAGGGACCGGCAGCUGGUCACCAAACGCAGUUGAGCCAAGCGGGCUCGAGGCCACCAGCCCCUCGUGGACCUUCCACCCCCUCCCCGCUGCCUCCCACCACCUCCUCUCCUGCUGCAGAGGGACAGGAGGAGGUGGAGGGGGGUCGGAUCCGGACCUCCUCCACCCCAUAACAGCCCCUAAAGCCUUCAAGGGGGGGGCGAAGGUCCCAGAGGUGACAGCGGUGUGACAAAUCUGGGGAGGAAAAAGGGAGUUUUGAGUAGGUCUGCCUGUGAGGUUUCCCCGUCGGAGGACACUCCGGUGUCACCUCGUGUCCCCCAUGUCCCCUGGGGGGGGGUGACAUUCCCUCAAGGGGGGGGGAGAGGGUAAAAAACACCGCAACCGAUGGGGAAACUGAGGCACGGAGGAGCUCUCCCGGUCCCUAUUUGAUCCGGGAUGGGGCAGGACCGGCCACCUCCCUCCUGGGGACAGUGGGGACAGCGGCAUGAGGACGUGUGGGGGACGUUUUGGGGGCAGAGGGGCGUGUUUUGGCCCCCCCACCCCCCACCCCACUAUAAAUAUCUGUAUUUUCUUCUUUUAUCCAGCCUGUACAUAUGGCGGGGGGAGGGUAAAGGGGGGGGGAGGGCUCUGUGUCAGCACAGUAUUAAGGCACGAGGGGACCCCAAAAUGUCCAGAGAUGUCCCCAGAAUGGGAACAAGGGAGCAGGGGGGGGACCCCAAAAUAUCCGGAGAUGUCCCCAGCACAGGAGGUGCCCGGUGCAGGUAAAAUUCAGGCACCGAGGCAGCCCUGGGGUGGCUGGGGACAUCUUUGGGGUCACCUGGGGGACGGGGACGUCCCUAGGGUCACCUGGGGAUGGGGACAUCCCUGGGGUCACCUGGGGAGGGGGACGGAUCCUGCCGCUCCUUCAAGGUAAGUCCCACAGUUUGGGGCAUUUCCUAAAAAAAACACCAACGAGGGAAUCCGUCGGAGCCCCCAAAAACCCACACAGGACAGGGAUGACCCCAAAAUCUCACCUCCGGUCCCCGCGCGGCCAGGAUAGGGACUGGGGACAUCUCGGGGUGUCCCCCCGGGUCGGGGUGCCCCCAUUGGGGUGGGGGUGGGGGAUCUGUGUAUUCUUUGUAUGAAAAUAAAUCUAUUUAGCCAAUAUUUA